GAGAGAGAGAGAGAGAGGGGGGGGGGGGGGGGAGCCAACAACACAUGAGCGCACUUGCUCACCUCGAGGGUUACCUGUGACACCCUCACAAUGACAAGAGGGCCCCAACAAAGGGGGCCACCUAAAGGGGACAUCAGAUGAUGUCCUAUAGGUGGCAUAUUAUAUAGCGCGUGCCUUUUAUUUAUUUCGGGGGUUUUUUCCUCCCUUCUUCUUCUUCCUCGACGUUUGGAUUUCCUUUGGAGUAUACUACCUGAGCUGAGAUCGAUCGGAGAAGAAGCGAGUUACUUCAUCAGCUCCGUUCAGUCGUUGCAUGAAACUGCGGAGCCGCGAUGAGUCGGAGAACGAGACGCUGGAUUUUACGAGUUUUACUUUGCCUUGGAAUUAUUUAUUUAAAAAUCGGUGGCUUCUCGUCGGUGGUGGCUCUGGGUGCGAGUAUAAUCUGUAACAAGAUACCCGGUUUGGCUCCCAGACAGCGGAUUAUCUGUCAAAGUCGCCCCGAUGCCAUUAUCGUCAUCGGAGAGGGAGUCCAAAUGGGCAUCAACGAGUGCCAGUUCCAGUUCAAAAACGGCCGCUGGAACUGCUCCGCGCUUGGAGAGAGGACAGUCUUCGGAAAAGAGUUGAAAGUGGGCAGUAAAGAGGCUGCGUUCACCUACGCCAUCAUUGCGGCGGGGGUGGCCCACGCCAUUACCGCCGCCUGCACGCAGGGUAACCUGAGUGACUGUAGCUGUGACAAGGAGAAGCAGGGAUUCUACAGCAGAGAGCAGGCUGGGAAGUGGGGAGGCUGCUCUGCAGACAUCAGCUACGGCUUGGGCUUCUCCAAAGUUUUUAUCGAUGCUCGGGAGGUCAAACAGAACGCCAGGACUCUCAUGAACCUCCACAACAACGAGGUGGGGCGCAAGGUUCUGGAGAAGAACAUGCGACUGGAAUGCAAGUGCCACGGCGUGUCUGGUUCCUGCACUACAAGAACCUGCUGGACUACACUUCCUAAGUUCCGCGAGCUUGGCUACAUUCUCAAGGAGAAGUAUGCCCACGCCGUGCACGUGGAACCGGUCAAAGCCAGCCGCAACAAACGCCCGAAAUUUCUCAAGAUAAAAAAGCCUUACUCUUACCGCAAACCCAUGGAUACAGACCUGGUCUACAUAGACAGGUCGCCUAACUACUGCGAGGUGGAUCCUGUGACGGGGAGCCUGGGGACUCAGGGCAGGGUGUGUAAUAAGACUAUGAUGCAGCACAUCAGCGGCUGCGAUUUGAUGUGCUGUGGUCGCGGAUACAAUACGCACCAGUACUCCCGCGUCUGGCAGUGCAACUGCAAGUUCCUGUGGUGCUGCUACGUCAGAUGCAACACCUGCAGUGAGAGGACAGAGGUGUACACAUGCAAAUGAGAGUAUUUAUUGGAUAGUUUAUUCCUGACGGUGUGUAAGGAACCGUGGCUGUUAAACUUCCAAGAAGACGGGGAGCUACAGCAAUACACAGCAAAUACACAUCGUUCUUUUGCACACAAAGCCCUUUGUCAAUCUUUGUGGACUUUGAACCAGUAUGACAAAACAUUAAAUGCCAGCAUGCGGGAUUGAGUGGCCACAGUGUGAGUCACUGACUAACUAGACUUAAAGCUACUUGGACAUUUUCAUUUGGACUGUUUAUGAAAUAUUUCCACGUAUGGUGGAUGUGAUUGCUGGACUCUAUAUGCACAGGAUGACCCAGCCGUUUGGAAUAUUUAACGUGCCGUAUUUAGAAAAUGAAUAAUAAUUAAUAUUAAUUUAUUUUAUAAAAACCAGCUGAUGUCCUUCAUGGAUCAAAACUAUCUAGAUGUCGGGAGCUACUAGUUUGUUCAAGUAAUCAAAGCUAGUCCACAGUUAAGACACUGGAAAUUGAAUCUGCCUGAAUUAAUGUGUCAUUUGUAGAAUAAUAGUUCCAGAUGAAACUGGUGGAGGCUGCUCACACUGACCUGCUGACCUUCUCAUGAGUUAGUCUUCCGUUUCUUUGCUGCUAGUCUAGUAAAUCUCGCUUGUUGAGGGCGGGAGGCGCUGUGGUGUAGUUUAACAGAACGUACUCAUUGAUCAAAAACACUGGCACAUUCUCCACUUUUGGUAAAUAUCAGUUGAUAGAGUAUAUUUUGUAAAAGGUUAUUUUUAUAUGAAUGUCUUAUUUAUUUCUUAUUCAUAUUCAAUGUCAAGUAUCUGCUCCUGUCUAUGAAAUUAAUUUUUUUUUUGUUUUUCUGAAAAAGCCGACCCUGUUGUCAAUGCCAUAGUUGUAUAUUGUAAGUGGUAGAAACUAUGUUUGUGUUUACUGCGUUUCUUGACUACUACUGAUGAAAUACAGGAAGAGAACUAACAA